CCUCCUCCCUCCCGCGCCUCGGAUCCGGAUCCUCUCGGCGCCUGCCUAUACAUACCGCCCUCCCCUCUCCUCCCCAACUCCCCUACCCGCCAGCCAUGAACCGCCUCUGCACCACCGCUCGCCUCGGCUAACUAGUCGCUGUUUCCUCCGGUUCCAUGCGCCGCGUUGAGUGAGUGAGAGCAGAGCACCAGGCCUGAUGCGGCAGCGGCAGCAAGGGGAGGAGCACCAGGAGCUGUUCGUGCAGUGGAGGUCCUGCGACAAGAAGAGGUCUUAGGUCCGCCGCCGCGCAGAUAGGUGGACAAAUCCAUUCGGAUCCAGAUUCCAUCGAUCGGGAUCGGAAGAGAAGAUGAGCGUCUCCGUGGGGCGGACGCGGGUGGGGAGGUACGAGCUGGGGCGGACGCUCGGGGAGGGCACCUUCGCCAAGGUCAAGUUCGCGAGGAACGUCGAGACCGCCGAGAAUGUCGCCAUCAAGAUCCUCGACAAGGAGAAGGUCCUCAAGCACAAGAUGAUCGCGCAGAUAAAGCGCGAGAUCUCGACAAUGAAGCUCAUCAGGCACCCCAACGUCAUCCGGAUGCGCGAGGUGAUGGCCAGCAAGACAAAGAUUUACAUAGUGAUGGAUCUUGUCACGGGCGGGGAACUUUUCGACAAGAUUGCUUCGCGUGGGAGGCUGAAAGAGGACGAUGCAAGGAAGUAUUUCCAGCAGCUGAUCAAUGCUGUCGAUUACUGCCAUAGCAGAGGCGUGUAUCACCGUGAUCUGAAGCCUGAAAAUCUUCUGCUUGAUGCUAGUGGCACUCUCAAGGUGUCGGAUUUCGGAUUGAGUGCACUAUCGCAACAAGUCCGUGAGGACGGUCUGCUGCACACAACCUGUGGAACUCCCAAUUAUGUUGCUCCCGAGGUUAUCAAUAAAAAAGGAUAUGAUGGAGCCAAGGCUGAUCUUUGGUCAUGUGGAGUGAUUCUCUUUGUCCUCAUGGCGGGGUACCUCCCGUUUGAAGAUUCGAACCUCAUGUCACUUUACAAGAAGAUCUUCAAAGCCGACUUCAGUUGCCCAUCUUGGUUCUCCACAAGCGCAAAGAAGCUCAUCAAGAAAAUACUAGAUCCUAAUCCUAGCACUAGAAUAACUAUUGCAGAACUUAUAAAGAAUGAGUGGUUCAAGAAGGGGUAUCAGCCUCCUAGGUUUGAGACAGCAGAUGUUAAUCUGGAUGAUGUGAACUCUAUUUUUAACGAAUCUGGUGACCCAGCACAGCUUGUUGUCGAGAGGCGAGAAGAAAGACCGUCGGUGAUGAAUGCUUUUGAGUUGAUUUCUACAUCUCAGGGCCUCAAUCUCGGCACACUCUUUGAGAAGCAAAUGGGUUCUGUUAAGCGAGAAACAAGAUUUGCAUCAAGGCUUCCUGCAAAUGAGAUACUGUCAAAAAUUGAAGCAGCAGCGGGACCCAUGGGCUUCAAUGUACAGAAGCGCAACUAUAAGCUGAAGCUGCAAGGAGAGAAUCCUGGUAGGAAAGGUCAGCUGGCCAUAGCAACAGAGGUUUUCGAAGUCACGCCUUCGCUGUACAUGGUUGAGCUCCGCAAGUCUAAUGGCGACACCCUCGAAUUCCACAAGUUCUACCACAACAUCUCAAAUGGCCUCAAGGACGUGAUGUGGAAGCCGGAGGGUAGCAUCCUCGAAGGCGAUGAGGCGCGGUACCAGAGGUCGCCGUGAUUAGCGUCAAAGUUUUAGAAGUAGCAGAUAACCAGACAAGGAGCUGAUGAAAUGAGAAGCUUGGACUGUUUUUUUUUUCAAUCUUCUUUUCAAGACUUUAUCUAGCUAGAGAUGCUUGUAAACCAAAGUAUGGUGAAUGUGAAUGAAGGAUGUGCUGGGUUGCUUCGUUAAUUCAGCAGCAAA